CCUCUGCAGUGGGGUCGGCGGGCGGGGUGAGUCCGCCCUCGAUGUGGGCGGCGACGACGGGGCCGCUGGGGUCUUUGAGGAGCGGCAGGAGGUCAGUGGCGUCGCCCACAUUCUUGAACAUGGCCUCCUGCUCUCAGCCGUCACGCUCACCCCUGACAGACACAAAGCAGCAAGGGGAUAUCAUUCACGAGUUACCAACAGCCUCCCUGUCGUCGGUGGCACACUUGUACAGCAGCUGUGGCGUCGCGUCCGUCAUGCCGGUCAGGUCGACGAGUGCUCGCAGGUCAGACUCAGUCAGGAUGGGGUCGGCCGGCACAGCACUCAACACCUGCACAGACAGUAGACAACGAUCUCAUGAUAUCCCCAGCCAAUUCUGUGCUCUCUGGUCGAUGCCUGGCUGGCUGACCUGGAAGACCUCCACUCGCUGAGCGGUGGAGCAGUGGGUCUCGACGCCACAGAGGCUCACCUUAUUGGGCCAGCAGCUGAUGGUCUUGCCGACAAAUUCCCUGCUGGCCGGCAGCUCCUUCUUCUCCACCCCCUGGCAGCAGUUGAGAAGGUCGUCAGUCGGGCCGUCCUUGCCACACCCCAGCCACAGGCGGCCCCUGGCGAUGCACACCUUGCCCCAUGGCACACCGUGGAUGUUCGUCACCGCUCCCUGUAUGCCCGCCACCGUCACAUGCUGCUCGUCCUGUGGCACCUCGAUCUUGGUGAUGCCCUCCUUGAACGCACCGCACACCGAGAAGAGCGACACGGGGCAGUCAAAGCCCAGCACCGAUGUGGGAUCGGCCGGCAGGUGCAGCUGUGUGUCAGCAAAGACUGCGAUGGUGUUGGUGUCGUCGCACUUGAUGACGAAGAGGAGGCCGCGGCGCCCCACCACACGCUGCGCCAGAUUCCCAUACGACGAACCGUGCAGCGAACUCCUGACACACACACACACACACACACACACACACAGACAGACAGACACACACACCGACGGGCGAAUACACAUUCGCCAAGAGAAUGGCGCGAUGCCCUUCGUUUGUCUGUUCUCACUUGAAGAGGCAGGUCAUCUUGGGUUGUUCCUUGCCGAUCAUCUCGAGGAUGGUCUGCAUGACGUCGUUGGCGACUAUGUUGGGGUACAUGUCCUCGAGGACGCCGUACAUCUCACUCACACCCAGCAGCUCUUCCUCGUCGGCACACGUGGGCGGCGGGACGACGGCUGGGGUGGGUGCCGCAGCAUCGGCUGUGUCUGCUGCUGUCCGGUGCACGUCGAUGAGGCCGGUGAGCUUGUUGUCCGUGAGGUGGCUGUCAAUGUGACGCAGCACGAAGACCUCAUCGACGAGUUGGGUGCCGUAUGCCCUGCUGAUGGGGCGGGCCGAACAGACGGCCUCAUCGAUGGACAGGCACCGGUAGAUGACGUCGCGGCACACCUCGGGCGGCAGGCCGUCGGCCAAGUCGGUGGGCUGGCGCGGCUUGGCCCAGCCGAUGGGCCGAAUGGUGCCCUUGAUGCCACCCUCGACGUCGCGGAGCGCAUCUUUAGCCGACGAGAGAGCGGUGAAGACGCUGAGCCACUUUUUGGCGAGAAAGGGCGUCUGCAAACACACACACACAGACAAACAGGGAGAGAGUGACGGCUGCAGUACUCUCUCGUGUGUGUGGUUGACCUGUGCGGCGACUGUGUUGUUGAAGAGCUGCUGCACACCGGCAGCCGCUUGUGAGACCUGCAGGCACCGCACACACACACACACACACACACAGAGCGAAUGAAAGCACACCAGCAGUGAUGCCAUUGGGCCCAUCAUGCGCCACUUGCCUGAUCUAUUUGUGUGUGCAGCGAUGCGAUGCGCUCCUCCAGACGAACCAAGCCCUCACUGAUGGGCUGCAACACAUACACACACACACACGCACACACGCAAUCACUGAUGGACGUCUGUGUGCUCUCUGGCCUGAAUGCAUUCGCUUCUCGAUGAUGCUUACCGGCGGCAGGCCGUCGGCCGAGUCGGCGGGAGGGGGCGGCUUGUCCCAGCCGAUGGGCCGAAUGGUGCCCCUGACGCCAUCCUCGACGUCGCACAGCGCAUCUUUAGCCGACGAGAGAGCGUCGAAGACGCUGAGCCACUUUUUGGCGAGAAAUGGCGUCUGCAAACACACACAGACAACCAGGGAGAGAGUGACGGCUGCAGUACUCUCUCGUGUGUGUGGUUGACCUGUGCGGCGACUGUGGUGUUGAAGAGCUGCUGCACACCGGCAGCCUCGUGUGUGACCUGCAGGCACCGCGCACACACACACACAGUGGAGGAGACCACAGCAGUGAUGCCAUUGGGCCCAUCAUGCGCCACUUGCCUGAUCUAUUUGUGUGUGCAGCGAUGCGAUGCGCUCCUCCAAACGAAUCAAACCCUCACUGAUGGACUGCAACACACACACACACACACAGACACACGAUGAAUGAUGGAUGUGUUUGGAGAGGCGCAGCUCCUGAGGCGCGCAGCGGUUUCAUGAAGCACCCUAAGCAGCCUGACGGCCAAGUGGAGGAGCCUCAU